UGGCCUUGUCACGAAUGCUGUUCCUUGUCCACCUCUCUUAGUAAAAGACGACACACUGCUCUUAGAUUGUGAUUGUUGGUCCAUCUCAGCCACCAGUCGAUCACUCUUUAUAAGUUUAGUUCAGACCAUCGCCAGCUCUACACUCUCGGAUGAUGCCUUCCCGGAAUCGGUCCCGACAACACGGUCUCGGCGGUAGUGCACCUCGCACCUGCCACAAUUGCAAACAAGUAGGGCACAUUGCUUGGAACUGCCCUCAAAGUGCGGGACCACAGAGUCCUAAACAGAAGCAAUCGACGCUCCCACACGAAACACGGACGUCAGAGCAAUGGAGCCAGCAGAAGCGCCAGAUCGAGACCAUGGGCGCUGGUGCCUGGCAGCAAGGUCAAGAGCGCAUGGAGGGCGAACUGCAACAGUCCCUGUAUCACCUACACCACGAGCCGCUGCAGAUGCAGAACUGCCUGAGCCAGAUGGCGGCACACCGGCCCCAACACCGGCACUUACAACCGCUCCGACCAUGCCUCAAGCAGAAAACACGACCCCCCUCCCCAGCGCCCGCUCCGCAGGAUCAACCAAGCGUCUUGCCACCACAACAGCUACCACCCACUCCCGCGGAGUCAUCCCCGGAGCCGGAGUCCGCUCCGCAGCACACCAACCAACCCGCGCCAGAAGUAUUGACCGUCACCGAGCGGCUUUCCAUCCUCAAUGGAUUAAGCGAGGCCCUCACCAAGGCCCUCUAUAACACACGUAACAUCAUCACCGACCACGAACAGCGACUGGCACAGCGCGAGACGCGCCCGCCCCGACUAGACGAAAUCACGAGCUUCUUCGGGAUGCUUGAGCGCACCGCCGAGCAAGCCACAGCCCAGCUCAGGGAGUACCACCGCGCCUCUGGCCAUUCUUCAUCUCAUACGCUAGGCGAUACAGAGCAGCAGUUCUGUGCUUCCUGGGAGAUGGUAGUCAGGGGCUUUGCGGAGGUGGAGGAUUGGGAGAGACGGUUUUCGGAGCGUACCACCAAGGAUGAAGAUUUAGACUUGGUGUGGGAGGGGUAUGUGGCGGCUAUGAAGGAGUUUGGGACGCUGGUGAAGCGAUUUGAGGAGGAGCAUUUGAUGGGAGAUGCAGAGGAGGAGCUUUAGUCGGCCGAGGUCUUCAGAUUGACAAAAGAAAAGAAUGUAUUUUAGACUUUGUUGGAGGAAGGCAAAAUUGCUUAGGACGAGACGCGAUUUGAACGCGUGACCUACCGGACUGCAGCCGGUUGCUCUACCCCUGAGCUACUCGUCCAAAGUGUGGUUGAGUUGUCAUGGGCGAGAGGAGGAAAACCGCCG